CGUAGCCAGUCCGGAUACUUUCCGGAGCUAGCUUCGCAAAAUUUAAGUUAUUUUCCUUUUGGCCAGUCCCGCCCGGAUUAGAUUACCCUCCCAGCAGCAUGGCGCACCGCAUGAAAUUGCGUAGCGACGACUACGAUGUCAUUGGUGCGGUGCCCCGGGAUCUCUCGGUGAUCAAGAAUUUCCUGAAGCGAGACUGCGCCGUGAAGAGGCUGAUCGACAUAGAAGAGGACUUCCUGCAACAGUGCAUCGAUCGGGGCGAAGAUCCCAUGAAGAGACCAACCAAAGGGAAGGACGACGGUAUUGUGAAAAGAGGCAGCCUGCAAGGAUCUGCGGUACCGGAGCCAAAGCCGGACGGAUGUGCAACUCUAACGCCAGAGGGUGCUACAGCACCGGACUACUGUGAUCCCUGUCGACGUCUUCCAACUUCAGUGGUUCUCGAGGAGCUCACCAAGCCGGCAAUGACAAAUCCGGUGUUCAACAAAGCUCUACCGCCGUAUUUCGACGAGGAAAGCGUGAUGGGCAACUCGUUGCCCGUAAAGUUCCGCUUCCGGCGCAAGUUCAACCACUGCGACCAGGAAAAGUCCGGUAAUCUCAUGUGCACCACCACGCCAAGCACGAACGUGGUGGUUCUCACCAACUGCUGCGACGUGAUGGUCUGGCCAGGUCAGCGGGUCGCCCAGAUGAACCGUGUUCCGGUAACAAUUGUAACCGGAGAGGCCGAUCUUACCGAAUACAUGCUGGAGGAGGAGACCAUUAUGUGAGGGACUGGACUGGCUACUAAAGGGCAUCCAAGGAAAAAUACUUUGGGGAGUGUAACAAAUAAAUCUGAUCCC